UGUGUGCGCGUGUGUGUGUGCAGUACAGAGGUGCUGUAGUCUCACCAGUCCCGCAUCCGAGCAGGAAGCAGUGAAAUGCCUCAGUCUGGACAAACACAGAGGAGCUACAAGAGAAGCUUUAAUGUGAAUGCUAUGCAUUUGCUUCUUGUUUUGCUGUAUUGGGAAGGUGUUAACACAGAGACCACCUUCUCUCAAAUGACUAACGAUUCUGAUACAACACUUAGGACUAUAGUACAUAAAGGUCAAAGUCAUGCCACUGUUGAAGUGCUUGAAAUCCUGAAACCCCAACGCAUAGAGCUUUUGUGUAACCUGACUGACAUCCCAAGUAAACCCUCAAACAUAACGGGCUUUUGGAGAAAAGAUGGUGGUGAAAUUGAAAACUCCCAACAAACUAUUUACAGGCACAAUGAACAUUAUAUCCUUAAAAGGAUCUUUAAUAUCCAGGAAAGUGAUCUAGGAAAUUACUCAUGUAUCUUCGGAAAGGAGGAACAAUUUACUUUUGUUUUAAAAGUGCCUGCCAUUAAAGACAAGCGAGACAGGCCCAUAGUGAGCUAUGUUGGCGAUUCAGUUGUAUUGGAGUGUGGCCUCAAGCGUGAACCGAACACCUGGGUAUGGUACAAAACCAAUGAUACUGACAAGGAGCUUAUCAAUGCCACUGCUGACCCCACGCACUACAAGAUCCACUUAGACAAAAAUAUCACCAAACUAACCUUGCUGAACUUGACUUUGGAAGACUCAGGUAAAUACACAUGCAGUGCAGUUUUCGAUAUCAAACCCACCGAGUCGCACUUGGACCUCAAAGUUCUGUCCUUCACUGAGCCACUCAAGCCUUUCAUGAUCAUAGCUGUUGAAGUCGUCAUCCUCGUCACUCUCAUCCUGCUCUAUGAGAGACAGAGCCAAAAACGGAAAGGUUCCACUGGAACCACAGAGAACGGACUGUAUGAACAUACACCGACACAGGAAGAGAACAUCACAGAAGAUGGAGGGACCACAACCAGACAGAGGAAAGUGGAGAACUAACAUAGCCAUUUCAUUCGUUAGUUAUCUUGCUGUUUGACAUGCUCCAAAACAUCCAGCACACUAAAGUUACAUAUCACUUUAGUAUUAUAAUGUAAUAAGAACAAUAAAAGAACAUAUCGUCCUCUUGAAGAAAUUCGGGUGCUAUAUUUAGAACAGUGUACAUACUAUAAACUAGUCAGGAUCACUAUGCUUGAAUCCCAUGCACAAUACUACAACAUAGUGAAGCAAUAUUAAAUAAAUGAUAUAAUAUAGUAUAUAAAUUAUAUAACAAUAAUAAACACAGAGUCAAAAUGUUUGUCCUAAUGCUCUCCGUGAUGUGAUGUUUAUUGUGUUUGACUUCAAAAAUCUAGAAGAACUCCACAGGGUUCCAGGUUGUGUGAAGAUAAUUUCUAAAGCAAUUAAAGCCAUUUAAAAAUGUGAAGCUAUACAGUAGAAUUGAAUAUUGAGCUUUGGACUUGAGUUAUUGUACAGAAACAGUAACAUCUGCUUAGCGUUCUGGGGACUUUCCAUGACUAUAAUGUUUAAAUGUCAUAUCAUUGACUUGGUUGCUUUAUUAGCAGACCGUUGCUUAUUUCCUGUUUUUGGGGUUUUCAAGCAUGUGAAAGCCUCAUAAGACUCUAUAACAUUUCAAAUGGCUUUUUACUAUCAAAGGUAGUAAAAAUAUACUACCUGCAAUAAUAUACAGCAAAACUACCAGUAUUAAAUGGCUUGCAGUUAGUAAAUAUUUUUCCUUAUUUUCAAUGAUUAUGAUUCAAUCAUUUAAGAUCAGUUCAAUGUGAGUUUUGCUUACUCAUGGUCUAAUGAUGAUUUUGGGUUUCUGUCCUUGAUGAUGUCUUUGUCAAGGAGUUUUGUCUUAGGUUUUUCUUUACUAGCAUUGGGUAUGUUGCUUGCACAUACAUAUGAAUAUAAAAGCCAACUUUUUCGAACUUAUGUUUAGACUAAGAAACGAUGUAUCGCCCAGGUGGUCUUUGUGUGCAUAAUAAACCAUCUAUUUGACUUAUA